AUGACGGAAUUACAGGAGCAUGAGUUGCCAGAGGCCGUCGUUCAGGAGGAUGAAGACGACGUGGAGGAACUCAGGAACAGUCUGCGGGAGGUGGUCCAGGACCAGUCUGUGAAGCCCAAGCUGCAGUGUCUGAUGGCGGACCCGACCUUCUCCAUGGUGACAGUUCAGAGUGAGGACAGCGGCAUUGUCUGGGAAACGGCCUCCAGCCGAUGCUCCACACCCUGGGCGUCGGAGGCCAGCUACAGCUCUGACACCUACAGUUUGGACGGCUCUGCUACCGGUGGUGGAGGUGCACAGGGCAAAAUUACCAUUGUCUUCGAUGAGGACAAGAUAAUUCGGAGGAGGAAGAGGACGAGAGGAAAGGCCAGGCUGGGGGAGAGGCUAAGGAGACCCGGGAGCUCCAGGUCUGGCUCGACACUGGGGGUGGAGAGGCCUGAGAUGGCUGAGGUGUCUGUGCCAAACAUCCGAGUGGAGAGUGUAGAGUCAGACACAGAGUCAGGGGAAGUGAAAGACAAAGACCAGGAGUUGUUUAGUCUGAUCUCAGAGGGUUAUGAGAUCCUCAACAUCAAAGUCCCGUCCAAACUGCCCACAGUGGACGAGGAGGAGAGCACUGAGCUGCAGGAUAACCUGUCCUACUUGGAGGAGACACCCAGGAUCAGGUCCAAAUCCAGGCGGGGCUCUGAGGCCUUACCUGCCCAGGACUACCCAGAAAUUAAGGAGGGCACAGAAGGAGAAGAAGUGGGAGAGUCUAAACCCUCAGAACCCACAGAGCAACAGGGGCCUCACAGCCACAAGGACAGCACCAGCGACAUGGACUACUUUGAGGCGUUUACCCUGCUGGAUGAGGUGGUUCCUGGGCAGCAGGUUCCAGAGCCAGUGGGAGACGAGACACCCACGAAGCCCCAACGAGAGGAGCCUAAUCUGGGGCAGAUGACAGCCACAGACAGCCUCUCUGCAGCUCCGGACGAUGACUUUGUGUUUGUCACAGACAUGGAGAUUGCCAGCGAGCGUUUGGAUGAGGUGUUCUACGGGAACAAACACCACGCACCCCCAGAGGACCUGAUGAAAAGGGGAGAAGAGGAUGAAGAGGAGGGAGGGAAGGAAGGAAGAAGAGAGAGUAUGAGGUCUCUGAAGGAGAGUGGGUCAGCGCUGUUCAGCAGAGAGGAGAGCAUCCUCACCCCCAUCUUCCUCUCCCCGGGACCCCCUAAGAUCAUUGAUCCCAUCCUGCUAGAGGAACCCACAGCCAUGUCCUUCCUCUACUCCGACCUGUACGAGGACGCCAUGGGGGAGAGGAGGAGGAGCGACGAGGAAGGCUCAGAGGCAGAGAGCGUGGGGUCGGACAGAUCGUUCCAGAGGCGACUGUCUGAUUCAGAGGAAACAGACGGAUACCUGGAGAAGUUUAUCCUGAAAGACGAGACUCCCAAUGUGGAGGACCAAUCAGAAGAAGCGGAUGGUAAAGGGGAGGGGCUAAUGAUGUGGUCGCAGAGUAAGUUUGAGCUGACCGGAUUCCUAACGAGAGUGGUGGAAGAAGAAGAAGAGGAGAAGGAGGAGUGUAAGAAGGAGGAGAUCAAAGAUGCAGAGAUGAAUGGGUACCUGCAACCAGCAGGAUAUAAAGAGAUUAAGAAAUCAACAGAGAUGGAAGAAUCAACAGAGAAAUCUUUGUUGCACAUCAAGGAAACUGGUCCUGAUAAAGACUCUGAGUCUAUAAAUACAGACAGCAAAGUCACAGGAAAGAGACCUGAGAAGGUUGAUGUGGUAGAGGAAGCUAAAAGUGAGACAACACCUGAGGCACAUGAGUCAGAGGUUGACAGCCAGGAGGAGGUAGUGUCAGAUAAAGUAUCCCAUGAAACAGAGCUACUAGCUCAGGCAGAGGAGGUGAAAAAACUAGACGAAGUAGAAGUGUCUAGAGUGGCAAAACCAGUUGUAAUUCAGGAGCCUGUGGUUGUACAGGUGAACCAGGUGACAACUGAAAGUAAAACAGAGACUGUAGUUAAAGCAUCUGAACCUGUAAGAGCAGAGGAUGCUAUUAAAGAUCCAACUGAGGCCAUAGCAGGAGCACAGGAGCUACACAGGGUGUCUCAAAAGGCAGUUACUGAUUUAUCAGUAGUUAUUGUGAAAGUAUCCGAUGAUACUAAAAUGGCAUCUGAAAUUGCAGCUGAAGCAAUCAAUAGAAUGGAAAUGCUAGCUGAAGCACACAAAGUUGAAAAAGUAGAGAAUAGAUCUGAGGAGCCUUUGAGUGUAGAGGAGGAGUCCUUUACACACAAUCCUGAAGCCGAAGUAGUUCCAACUGCCCCUCCUGCAGAAGCAGCGGACCGGUGGUCGUCACCUCUUGCCCCUGCUGAGGGAGAUAAGGGACAGGAGGAAGAGCCAAUGAAGAAGCAGGACUUGGACGGUGAGGACGAGUGGGUGUUCACUCCCCUCAGGAGCUUUGCUCCUCAGGAAGACCUCUCUGUGCUGCACAGAGAAACUGUGGUUUCAGAGAUGGAGCUGCACACUGACCCUGGGGUCACGGAGAGAGAGCUGCACAGGGAGACUGCAGAAGAGCUGGAGUAUGAGAUAAUCUCGCAGCAGGAGCAGGAGAGGGAGACACAGAUGGAGAAGGAGAGAGAAAAGGACAGGCAGAGGCUGAAGGAAGAGAAAGAGAGAAGGCAGAAAGAGCAAGAGAUGGAGGAGAGGGUAAGAGAAGAGAGAGGACUGUAUCUCCCCGCUUACGAGGAGCCCAUUGAGGCUGAUUAUGAGAUAUUCGAUGCGGAGGAGGAGAGCCAGGCCAGAGCAGCUGCUGCCCUACAGGGGAUGGAUUGCUUCUGUCUGGGCUGUGGUUGUCUGCUCUCUGAGACUGACAGACUGUCUGGAGGACACCAGGAUCAUGAGGUCACCAGCGUGGAGACAGCCUACGAAGACAUCAAGGAGAGGCUGAGUGAGUGGAUCUCAGAACUGCAGGAGAGAUCAGAGAACAUUGAGGAUCUGGUGUCAGAACUAGAGCUGGGAUACAACACUGUAGAGGACCAUUGCAGGGACAGUGAGGAGGUGAUGGAGGCUCAGAAUGAGGAGAUGAUGGCUCUGGUGAUGGAGCAGUACAACACCAUGUCUCUGAGCAUGGAGGAGGAAAAGAAGGCAAAGCUGGAGCAGCUUUACGACCAGAUCGUCUCCUUCCAGGAGAGUAUAGACCAGACCAAGGUCACACUGGACACCACCGCUAGAGAGGCAGAGAUAGACCCAGACACACAGGUGAGGACAUCCAAAGACAUCUAUAUGAGGUUAACAGAAGCACUACAGUCAGCCAUGUCUCUGGAGCUGGGUCCUCGGGGACUACUAGUGUUUGAAGAUUACGCCAAGGGCAAUGCAGCCAAUACACACACACGACGCAAGGGAAUCCCAGUUCCUCAGAAGCCGUCUCUGCAGCCUCAGGAGUGUGCUUCAGCCAGCAGCACCAGUGUGACUGUUUACUGGAAGGUCAACCCUGGAGACAUCAUAGACUGCUUCCAGGUCUACUGUAUGGAAGACCCACAAGGAGCGGUGUCGGAUGAGUACCGUGUGACAGUGAAGGAGAGUUACUGUGUUCUAGAGGAGCUGGAGCCUGACAAGGUGUAUAAAGUGUGGGUGAUGGCUGUCAACUAUACCGGCUGCUCCCUGCCAAGUGAGAGACUACCCUUCAGAACUGCCCCAUCGGUGCCAGUGAUUGAUACGGGGAGGUGUACGAUACUGUGGGACUCGGCCACGUUGCGUUGGAAUGUGGACAACCAAACACCCACGCAGAGUUACACCCUGGAGUACUGCAGACAGUACGCCCUUGAGGGAGAAGGGCUUAGGUCUAUCUCCGGUAUCCAGGGCAGACAACAGAGGGUACUACUGCAUCCCAAUGAGAACUACCUGUUCUACAUCAAAGCUGUCAACAAAGCUGGAGCCAGCGAACAGAGCGAGGCUGCUCUCAUAUCUACCAGGGGAACUAGGUUCCACCUGUUGAAGGCUUCGGCUCACCCUGUCCUGAAACUGUCUGAGGACCAGACCACCCUGUACUACCCCCAGGACACAUACACAGAGAGAGGGGAUGUGGUUAACGAAUGUCCAUCUGUCCUGGGUGAGUUGUUACCCAUGAGGGGGCAUCACUACUGGGAGACCAAUGUGACCAGAAGUUCUGCAUACCGGGUGGGAGUGGCAUAUGAGACAGCCAAUAGGGACAGCCUACUGGGGGAGAACAGUGAAUCCUGGUGUCUGCAUUGUGUCCCUACACCCUACAGUUGUCGGUUUGAGCUGCUCCAUGGCAGUGUUCAGUCAGAUGUGUUCGUGGGGGAGGUGCCCUCUCAUAUUGGCACACUGCUAGACUACAAGCAUGGCCGUCUGUCCUUCUAUAACACCCAGCGCGGCCAGCUGCUCGGGACCCUCGCCCACUGCUUCACCCAACCAUGCCACCCUGUCCUGGGCAUGGAGCAGCCAGGCAGCCUGAAAGUCAGCAUGGCCCUGGAGGUGGCCGACUUCGCCAAGCACAGCUAG